UCUCGUGUACUCCACUUUUAUUUUCCACCCCGUUUCAGUUUGCAGAAUACUAGCAGAAAAAUUAAGAAAUUUAUGUAGGAAAAGGUUCCUGGGAUUUGCCUCUCUCUUUUCUGUGAGUAGAAGGAAGAGAUUCCAGGCGAGGAGGGCGGUGGGGGAGGAGAGGGAAUGGUUGCUCCCGGCAUCCGGUUUCCGCCUCCCGUCUGCUUCCGGAAGCUCAGCUCAAAAUGCUGAACUGCUUUUGGAAGUCGCUGGUACUCUGGUAGUUGGAGUCUGUUCUCGGGCCGGAGCCUCGAGGCCAGGCUCCUGGGUGUCGUUAAUGUUCGGGGCCGCCGGGCGCCAACCGAUCGGAGCUCCAGCCGCCGGGAACAGCUGGCAUUUCAGUCGAACCAUGGAAGAACUGGUUCAUGAUCUUGUCUCCGCAUUGGAGGAGAGCUCAGAGCAAGCUCGAGGUGGAUUUGCUGAAACUGGUGAUCAUUCUCGAAGCAUGUCUUGUCCUCUGAAACGCCAGGCAAGGAAACGGAGAGGGAGAAAACGAAGGUCAUAUAAUGUUCAUCACCCAUGGGAGCCUGGCCACUGCUUAAGUGAAGGCACUGAUUCUAGUUUAGAAGAACCAAGCAAGGACUACAGAGAGAAUCACAAUAAUAAUAAAAAAGAUCAUAGUGACUCUGAUGACCAAAUGUUAGUGGCUAAGCGCAGGCCAUCAUCAAACUUAAACAAUAACGUACGGGGAAAAAGACCUCUAUGGCACGAAUCGGAUUUUACUGUGGACAACCUUGGGAACAGAACUCUGCGCAGAAGGAGAAAGGUAAAACGCAUGGCAGUGGACCUCCCACAGGACAUCUCUAACAAACGGACCAUGGCCCAGCCCCUUGAAGGUUGUAGAGAUCAGGACAUGGACAAUGACAGAGCUUACCAAUAUCAAGAGUUUACCAAGAACAAAGUCAAAAAAAGGAAAUUGAAAAUAAUUAGACAAGGGCCAAAAAUCCAAGAUGAAGGAGUAGUUUUAGAAAGUGAGGAAAUAAGCCAGACCAAUAAGGACAAAAUGGACUAUGAAGAGCAAAAAGUUUCAGAUGAACUCAUGAGUGAAAGUGAUUCCAGCAGUCUCAGCAGCACUGAUGCUGGCUUAUUUACCAAUGAUGAGGGAAGACAAGGUGAUGAUGAGCAGAGUGACUGGUUUUAUGAGAAGGAAUCAGGUGGAGCGUGCGGCAUCACUGGAAUUGUGCCCUGGUGGGACAAGGAAGACCCUACUGAGCUAGACAAAAAUUUACCAGAUCCUGUCUUUGAAAGUAUCUUAACUGGUUCUUUCCCUCUUAUGUCACAUCCGGGAAGAAGAGGUUUCCAAGCUAGACUCAGUCGCCUUCAUGGAAUGCCUUCCAAGAACUUUAAAAAAUCGGGAGGGACCACAACUUCAAUGGCUACAAACUGGACCAGUGAGAUUCCCCUAUAAACCAAAUCUUCUAAUGCUAAUAAAUUAGUUACGUUUUGAACAUCUGGGGAAUGACAUUCGAGGGAACCUGGCUCCUGUCCUCUUCCCCCGGAGGAAUAUCACUGAAGUGAGAGCCUCUUUGAUGAAAAGAUGGGGCUGUUUUUGCUGUGGAGGACUGGUAUUCUUCCUUUAGUCAGAAGUGAACCUGGUUGGGGAGGCUUUUUAGGGAUCUAGGUUGGCCCAGGGUGGGUAGAACUACUGUAAAUUUUAUAUAUUUUUCUCUUUUAUGAUUUUUUUUUACAUUGAACCCAUUUAUGUAUUACUUGCUUUGCCAAAAUACUAACAAAACCUAGAAAAUGGAAAACUUCCAGAUCUCACAUAAGUAUUCCUUAAUGUUUAUAUUGUGACUGGUUAAGAACUAAUUUUUACAUCUCUGACUGUUGUAAAUAAACAUGAUGCAUUGACAUUUAUGGCUCAUUUUUAGAGAAGUCUUAUAUAACCAGCAUUAUUUAAAAUAUUUGCAUUUUACUCAGGGUAUUUUAACAAGGGCUAAGAUGAGUAGUAGGUAAGGUUGAUAAUCUUUACUAGAAUUUCUGUUUUGUUCAGUUUGCUUUCUACUUGGAAAAUCUGCUCUGUAUUGCAAACCCAUUGUAUUUUAUAGUAUAGUGUUCAUUGUACUACAAAAAAAAAUCAUCCUAGUUUUAAGCUAACUACAGUGAUAACUAGUCUGUGCUAGUAGAAUAAUUUAUUAUUACUUUUUAAAUUACCUGCUCUGUCUGAUACCUGCAACCACUCAAAAUUAUCAUUUUGGCUUAGAGCUUCUGGAAAUCAUGUGAAAGCUGGUAUUUCAACUAAUACUGUAUGCCUCUGAAUCAUAUUGUCAUGUUUAAAAGUGAGAGCUGCUUGCACACCCUUGGCAGACCAUAUGUGUCACUGUGAGUGUCAGAAAUACUUGCAUGAGCUCAUUUUCAUAAGCAGAGGGGAAAAUGUAACAUUUCUAUUGAUGGUACAAUUUAGACACUCUACAACAUUCAGGCCAUUUGAAUUCUUCAAAAUGGUAUGUUAAAAUGUUGAGUAUUUUUUAUUACGUUCCAAUAAUUGAUGAAAACUGUGAUUUAAUACAUGUAUUUUUAUAUUGUUGUAUGGAUUAAUUGUUAAUUCAGCAUUUAAUGGCUAACUUAAAUAUGGUGAUUGGGAAAGAAACUUAAAGUUGACAUUUCUUUUACCUAAAGGUAUUACAGUCUGAAAGAUUUCAGAAAAUGUAUUAAGCAGAAAGCGUGUGACAUCUUUUAGAUUGCUUGUCUAAACUGGAGAGAUUAAAUAUGAUAAAGUGCAACUUCGAGUAUCUUUACCUUUGCAUAUUUAAAGUGAUAUUUUAGAGGUACAAUAAUGUGGUGUUUGGUCAUUGUAAGUAAGCUUUUUUUGUGCUAUGUCCUUUAGAGUAAAAAUUCGUGAUUUUUUUUCUGAAUUACAUAAAUGCUUUUAUUUUAUUUUGUAUAAUGACUGCCUUUUAGACCUGAAUAAGUCACUUUAAAACCUUGGCCUAUGAACUUUGCCUUACCAAUCAUGAAUCUAGAUGAAUGCUAUCUAGUUCUUGGUUCAGUUUUACCUAUUUUUAUUUUUGGUUCACUGCUUGCUUGAGCAUAGCUGGGAUUUGUAGCCCAUUUUCUAGGCUUAUUGCAAUCUCACUGUGGUAUUUUAUAGAAGCUAUUACAUCUGAUAGGCUAGCUUCAUGGUAUUGAUGAUACAUGGCUUAACCAUAGUAAAAGCUGCCUUCCCUCUCUAAAUUGUAAAAAGGUGAUUAAGUUUCACUUGAUGGAGAAAUACUAUAUAUGUGUGUUUAUCAUGGAACAAGUGCAUUAGGCCAUAAACUGUUUUCCUGGUCUACAUUUUUUUGUAUUCAAAUUUUACUGAAGACAAUGGGCUCCUUCAGGUUUUCUUUCUUUCAAUCCUGAAUUGUCCUUGUUUGGAUUUUUAAGUACUGUAAUUUUUUUUUUUUUCAAUAAAAUAUCUGACUUGGACAAGAAAGGUAAGAGUUCCAAUUUGUGCUGAUAUUUUUAAAUUCUUCUGCUAAGUUUUGUUGUUGUUGUUGUUCUCAUGCUGUCCAUAUUGUAUGUAACAGUCUAGUCUUAAAAAUCAUAAUCUCACAAAAUAGUCAUAUUUAAACAGUACCCAUGACAUCCAGAAAUAAGAAUUAAAUUUAAUUCCUCAGACUUUC